CUUUCCAGAUAUCAUCAGCUCUGCUUCGGUUCUGGGCGCGUCCCAGGAGCGCACAGAACGGCACAAACUGGGAAACAAGAAGAGAGAGAGAGAAAGAGAGAGAGAGAGAGAGAGAGAGAGAGAGAUAAAUACAACAACAGAAAAAUCCUAACAGAGUUGAGUGCAGCGCAGACAGGUCUCCGCUCUUUACAACAGCAGCAGGCUGGCUGCAGGAGAGUUAAUGAAAAAAAUCAAAUCAGCGGAAUAAAGAAAGCGAAAAAAGCCGAACUUGGAUAUGGCCGCAGUGAAUGCGCUCAGGCUUCUCGUUGGAGUUGUUUUCUUGUUGCUUUGUGUGUGGAAUAUCCAAGCGCAGAUCGGUGACGGGGUUUCUUACUCCUAUGAGCAAGAUGGAGAAGAGGGUGCAGCAGUGGAUGUGAGGCUGUACAGUCACCGGUGGAGGAGGUGGCUUCCCCCAAAACCUCGUAACAUGGACAGUAACAGAGCCAGCCAGGAGAAGGAACAGGAGGCAGAACCAGGGGAACCUGAAGGUUUCCCCGGCCUGUUCUCUGCAGAGGACACUGAUAACAGCUCCCAGAUUGAGGAGGACAUGGAUCACAACUACUACACAUCAAAAACAUACGGCCCCUCAGAUCCUAUGAGCAAAGACUUGUGGGUAAAUAUUGAACAGAUGGAGAAGGACAAAGUAAAGAUCCAUGGGAUUCUAUCCAACACACACAGGCAGGCGGCGAGAGUUAAUCUGUCCUUCGAUUUCCCGUUUUAUGGACAUCUCCUGCGUGAAAUCACUGUGGCAACUGGUGGUUUUAUUUACACUGGAGAUGUGGUUCAUCGGAUGCUCACAGCAACACAGUACAUCGCUCCCCUGAUGGCCAACUUUGACCCAAGUGUCUCAAGAAACUCUACUGUUAUUUACUUUGACAAUGGCACUGCUCUGGUGGUGCAGUGGGACCACGUCCACCUGCAGGACAACUACAACUUAGGCAGUUUCACCUUUCAGGCCACACUGCACAAUACGGGAAGGAUUGUCUUUGCAUACAAAGAGCUUCCUAUCGAGAUAUCACAAAUCAGCUCCGUCAAUCACCCGGUGAAGGUUGGCCUGUCUGACGCCUUUGUGGUGGUCCACAAGAUCCAGCAAAUACCCAACGUGAGACGGAGAACGAUUUAUGAAUACCACCGUGUGGAGCUCACAAAGACCAGGAUCACAAACUCUUCUGCUGUGGAAAUGUUGCCUUUACCCACCUGUCUCCAGUUCACCAGCUGUGGUUCCUGCGUCUCCUCUCAGAUAAACUUCAACUGCAGUUGGUGUCAUCGGCUCAACAGAUGUUCCAGUGGCUUUGAUCGCCAUCGCCAGGACUGGGUGGAUAACAGUUGCCCAGAUGAGACCAAAGACACGAUGUGUGACACAGAUGACACAACCCAACUGAACCCCUUCACCACCACUACUAUCACUGCUAGAACAGCACUGAGGAGUAAAGGAACCACAGCAGGCUGGGACAAACCUUCCACCUCUGACCCUCCUAACAGUACUCCCACUGAAGAUGAUACCAAGAUUCCAAUGCAUCUCAGAGACAGCCAAGUUAUGCCAGCUGAUAGCGCCGUUAACAGAGGCCCAGGCACCCAUCCUCUACACACUGGUCUGAUCCUUGGCAUCCUGCUUGUAAUGAUUGUCAUGAUAGCCGGCGUGCUGAUAACUGUCUAUGUGUACCAUCACCCGACGUCCGCAGCCAGCCUCUUCCUCAUUGAGAGACGUCCAAGCAAAUGGCCGGCCAUGAAAUUUCGCAGAGGUUCUGGUCAUCCUGCAUAUGCAGAGGUGGAGCCAGUGGGCCAUGAGAAGGAAGGCUUUAUCGAGUCUGAGCAGUGCUGAGGCUGGAGUUGAGGUGACCUCAUCCCCACCUGAUCCCAGCCUCGACCCAUCCUGCGUGUGACCUCCUGCUUCACCAGGAACCUCUCACCCGACACCUCCAGGACUGACCCACCGGUUAAGGAGCUUUGGUAAAACUCUUAAUUUGGCCGUUUAGAGCUGAAUGAAAGCCAGAGAACAGCUCCGGUCAGUGGAGCAGACUUACCGUGGACAGAGGGGAGGAGACAGCACUGAGACGUCAUCAUUCAGCUGACAUUGAUAAGGAUUUCUGGGCUGUUAUCAUGCUGCCAUGGAGGGCUUGGACUGACUUUAUUUUUGUCCAAUGAGGAAGCAGGAAGACCUACUACACAAUAUAUAUUUUUCAGAACCAAUAGAGUAUGUGAACAGAGAUUUCCACUUGAUUCUCAGUGGUGUUUAAGCCUUUGUAUAUCCAUCAGGUUUAUACUAGUUUUCUCUUUUAUUCCAGUGAUUUUUUUUUACUAUAUUUAGCAGGAUGGGAUUGGCACAUUGCUCUGGACUCUUUGUUGGUAUUGCCUUUCAAUACCACAGCAGAUGUAAUUGACUUUUCCACAGCCUGCUCUGCUGUGCGAUAUGAUGUGAGCAGAACUGUCACGGAGAUCUAUCAGAGCUCAUUCAGCUUCCUUUUUUUGGGGGAUUAAUCGAUGAUGAUUGGUUGUGGAAAUGUUUUUAAUUUCUUUUCAUUGGUGAUGGGAACAUGCAAUUUAUGUUCUGUUUUUUUAUUACUGCUCGGUCGUUGUGCCCCUGACUAGAAUUUGCACAGUCUUCUUUCUCUCUCGUUCUCAUGCACAUUUUUUUUUUGUGCAAAUAUACAAGACAGGCGCUUGUGAGUGUGAAUAUAUUUUCUAAAAGUGUAGGUGAGAUGCGUGUAUGAAUACAAAGGAGUAGUUAACAGUAGCGAUGGGGUAUCUGCUUGCGGUAUGGGUGUUUCUGCUUGAGCUGGCUCUGUAAGGGUGAUUCUGAUAUUCAGAGGUACAGCUCAUCAUGAUAAUGAGUGAUAAAGAUUUGAGACUUUUCAACUUUAUCAAGGCUCCACACACUACUCCAUAUAUUCUUAAAAAAAAUACAACUGGGCAUAUAAGUUUGAAUGUACUGAACAUUUUCCACAGUAAUAUUUAGUUCAACCUCAACAGGUUGUAAACUUGCUACAUGCUCUUUGGAGCCAUCUAAAUGCUCUACAUAGUCCUCAUAUUUUUUGCAGGUUUUAAAUCAGGGGUUUGGCAAGGCAAUAUUAAACAUUUAAUACUACCCUAUUUUAUUCAAUCAAAAAUGCUGUUUUAUAUGUAAUUAGGGUUAGGAUCAUUUGGCAGUUGGAGCAAUUGAUUGUGUGCAUGAUUCAAACUUCUAGUUGUUGUUUUAAGGUUAAGUUGAUGAUGGCAGAGGUAUUUUACCUUUAUUCUGUCCACCAAUUACAGUACAUCAUAGCAAAUCGCAGCACAACCUCAGCAUUAUGGUGCCACCACCAUGCUUGGUGACUGGUAAAUUCCUUUUAAUCCCAAAAAGCUAAACGUAUUGUGACAAUUUGUUGUUGUGGACCUAAAGUCUGUCACACAGUCAAUCACGGGCUGGAGCCAACAUGGUCCCUUGAACAUCCUAAUGAGUUUUAUUCAGUCUAAUGGUACCAGCUUGUUUCUUUUUCUUUCCCCUCCUUUCCAAGCAGAUGGCACAUUCAAAUAACUUAUAAAUGCAUAAACCUGUUUAAACUGGAUGAUCUUGAAUCUGAAGCUGUUCAAAAAUGGUUCAAAGUAGUCACGGCUUGUGUUAACUUCAAUCUUUUAGGUCUUCACGAAGUUUGUUGGACCUUUCCAUUGCUCAAUGGGUGAAUUCAAUGUUUGAUGCUAAACAAAUCCAUUCUUUGCUGACAAAGGGAAACUCUUCAAAGCAGUAUGGAAUAAAAGAAAUUUAA